CGCCUUCAUAAUCCGAGAGGAAAGUUGUCGGUGAUCAAGAAAAGAGUCUCUGAUGACAUUGAUGGCAAGCAGGUGCAAAGGAAUAUCCUCCCGAGUAGGACAGUCAUCACUCCGCUGAGACCACCGUUCACUGGCAUGCUGCAACGUCAGAUUCGAUUCUUGUCGCGCUCAGCUAUCGUGCGUGCAGACCCGUGGCCUCUCCCCCAUUCGCCGGAGCAUCUAUCCAACACUCAAACUCCGUCUGACGCUCCAGCUCCAACCCCUCUUCCGCGACUGAACGAGAAUGUGUCGACAAUGCGCGCACGGCUCGUAUAUCAGUCACGGAAACGUGGGACACUGGAGAGUGACCUGAUUUUGAGCACAUUUGCUCGGGAAAAUCUGCCGACAAUGUCCGAGGCGGAGCUCAAGGAGUAUGAUAAGCUCUUGGACGAAGCAGACUGGGACAUUUACUAUUGGGCUACCGCGGAGCGAACGCCUCCGCCACGAUGGGCCGAUUCUCCAAUCCUCGCAAAGCUCAAGAUACACGCGAGGAACGAAGGCAAAGUCGUUCGUCGGAUGCCGGAGCUGUCAUAAGAACACAUUAGCAACAAUGGAAGUAGGAAGCUAGGACGGCGAUAUUCGCAUUGAACUGUGACUAUUACACAACUGCGAGAACUGUGCUAGCACGCAAACUAUCUGCCUUGAUAUCCCACUGCCCUGCAGCCCACACACAGACAAAAUCCAACAACUCAACCGCGCCAAAGAAAUGCCCGACAUCACGUCCAUUAAAAGUGCAGCCUCGCAAGAAAAGUGAGAAAGAGGUUCUGGGUCGACAUAGCAAGCAAAUCGUGAGGGUCGAUAAAAAUACAGUCGUGAAGGAACCAGAAUGGAAGGGGACGAUUUGCUUGUGUUUAGUGUAAUAUAUGAGACGAGGUACUGCGGAAAUGGGUCAUGUAGUCGGUGGCGGCUGCUUGGUGAAAGAGCAGUGGCAGACCGCGCCUCAGAUAGCUCUUCAUCGAGGUCCUGGCUGGCCACGAUAAGCCCCAGGCCCUGGUGCCAUUGAUCCGUUCGCCCGCAUCGGCAUUGGCGAUCGUUGUUGGGGAGCGCCACCAUUGCUCUGGUAAAGGACCUGUGGCUGGGGUUGCAUAUGCUGCACAAUAGGGCGGGGAGGUCCCAUGGGUUGCGCUGGUUUCAUCUGUUGCUGCUGUUGCUGCGGCUGCUGCGGCUGGGGCCGUUGCACAUCGUCCUGGGUCGCGCUCGGAUCGACAUACAAUCCACGGUGACCAGAUUGAUCGCAAGUCCAAGAUGUCCAAAGCGACCUGAUCGACCGAUACGGUGGAGAUAGGUCUCCGAGUUCUUGGGAAAAUCGAAGUUGAUGACGACGUUCACCGC